AUGGUACAAAUUGUUCUACAAAUCCUUGGAGUUAUAGCCGCAGGUGUACUCGUCUCACCCUUUCUAAUCAUCUUCGCCAUGAUCUUACUUUUUCUACGUUUCCAUUAUUCCAACUUAUUCCUUCAAGGAGCUCGCGAGAUCAAGCGCCUCGAGAGUAAUGCAAAAAGUCCAAUAUUCGAGCAAUUCGGUUCUGCCCUUAUAGGAUUAGGGACAAUUCGCGUAUUCAGCAAAGGAGAAGCUUACAUCGAACGCAUGUAUGCUAAGAUUGACCGCCAUGCCCAGGCUUACUGGAACCUAUGGCUGUUUAACCGCUGGCUUGGUUUUCGCAUGAGUGUCAUUGGAGCGGCGUUUGCUGGUGCUACUGCAGCUUUUAUUUUGGAGAUGAACUUAGUGGAGAGAGUCUUUGAAUAUUCUGAUCUCGAGAUCGAGAAUCAGGACGGCCUAGAUUCUCCAGCAGCAUGGCCAACGGAUGGGCGAUUGGAAGUCUCAGACCUUGUUGUUGCAUAUGCUCCGGAGCUCCCUCCUGUUUUGAACGGACUGUCCUUCACAGUUGAAAAAAACCAACGAGUCGGGAUAGUCGAUGGAGUUGAUGUGUCCAAGGUUAAACUUGCACAUCUGCGGAGCCGUCUUGCCAUCAUUCCACAGGACCCGGUUCUAUUCUCCGGAACUAUUCGCUCAAAACUCAAUCCAUUCGACGAGUAUUCUGAUUCCGAACUUCAAAGUGCUUUGGAACGUGUUCAUAUGAUCCCUCCAGCCGAUCAAAUGUCGUCAAUCUCAUCCAUUGGGGCUCCAGAAACACCCGCCGAAUCCGAUGUAAGCACACCCACUGCCGUUGAAUCCAGCGCUUCCAGUACCUUAGCUAGAAGGGCCGGUCUGGCCUAG